UCCAUUUUGUUGAAAGUUAUUUCUUUUAUCAUAGCUCUCCGUGUGGAUGAAAAUAAUUUUUGUUGCUGCUAAUCGAAUAACCAUUUAAAGAAAACUGCUGCCCUUUCUCAAGUGAAAGUAAUUGCAAUGUUUAACUGUGAUAUAUUAUUAUAAUAGAUUUAAAGUUAAUCCGUUAGAAGUUUAUAAUACAAAAAUGGGUCGCAAGAAAAAGAAGCAGAGCAAGCCUUGGUGCUGGUAUUGCAACCGAGAAUUUGAAGAUGAGAAGAUAUUAAUACAGCAUCAAAAAGCUAAACAUUUCAAAUGUCACAUAUGUCAUAAAAAACUGUACACUGGGCCAGGAUUAUCAAUACAUUGCAUGCAGGUUCAUAAAGAAGCGAUAGACAAAGUUCCAAAUUCCCUUUCGUCUAGGUCAAAUAUAGAAAUAGAAAUUUAUGGAAUGGAAGGUAUACCUCCUGAAGACCUGAAAGAGCAUGAAAGGCAAAAGCAGGGAAAACAAGGCAGAGCAGCAUCUCCUGACAGUGGGGAUGAUGAACCACAGUCAAAGAAGAGUAAACCUGAGGGGCUGCUGGGUAACGCCCCGCCUGGCAUGCCCCCCGGUAUGAUGCCCCCUGGAAUGAUGCCUCCGCCACACCCUAUGAUGCCACCCAUGGGACCCAUGAUGGGGCAUAUGGGUCCAAUGGGCCCUCCUUUUAUGGGACCAGGGAUGGGUAUGAUGGGUCCAGGAGCUCCUUUACCAGGCGCACCACCCAUGGGUCCUCCUCCAUCUCAGCAAAACAAACCACUGUUCCCCAGUGCUGCAGCUAUGGCGUCCUCGACAUCAAGUUCAACGCCAGUAGGGGCAGAUUUUAAACCUAUCACAAGUCAAUCCAAUAUUGGACCCGUGAAGCCUACGUUUCCUGCAUAUAGUAAUUCUAGUAGUUCAACGACAAAUUCAACCUCAAAUUCUACACCUACGAAUCCAGAGCCGUCCAAAGUUACACUCAUAAACACAGUUGGUGCUUCUAGCAAGAUCAUUCAUCCUCAGGAAGAUAUUUCAUUGGAGGAGUUCAGGUCAAGGUUACCUAAGUACAAAGCCCCAGAAGUGGUAGCCAGUCCCAAGCAGGAGCCUGUCGUUACCACCCCUACUCCAGUGACAUCCACCCCCUCGUCUGUGGCACCUACCCCUGUAGACCCGGGCAGACCAAUGCUGGCCAGGUUCCCUGUGACUGUGCCUGUGUCUGUAGCCAGUAUGAUGUCGGGCCCCCCCACCAUGCUGCCUGGGCACAUGUUGAGGCCUGCCAUGGGUCCGGGGCCCCCCUUCAACAUGGGUAUGAUGCGGCCUCCUCACAUGGGCAUACAUCCAGGUAACAUACACCCAGGUUUGAUUGGUGCUCUCCCCCCCGGAGGUAUGGUUCCCUACGGGGGCCCGCCGAUGUUCCCUGGGGGGCCCCCGAUGCUGCCGAUGAUGCCACGCUUCAGAUGAUCCGAAGGUAUCUUGGAGGGGCUCUGGCUACUUUGGCCGUAAAGGAGAUAACGGCCUUCGGUUGACUACCAGAACACAUCACUGUCAUCAGAACAAGAGGUCGUUUUAAACCAUUAUAUCUUAAAAUAUGUCACUGAUUUACAUUGUAACAGUUCAUAAACCCACAGUAUAAGUUCUGAAGGUUCUUUUCUUGUAUGUGGUUUUUUAAUUAGCGUUUCAAAUUUAAUACUCUUAGGGGGGCUAUUAACCUCUUUGGCGAAUAUUUAUAUAACAUUUUUAUUUAAGAGAAUUAUCAUAACCAUCUAACUUUAACAAAAUUGUUCACAAAUAUUUGAAAGUGCAAUAUUCACUUAGUUUAAAUUCAAACCCAGUAGAGUUCAAAUUCCCUUCUUCCUCAUGUAAUCCAUUUUGUAAAUAUGUUUAUUUUUAAAAAUUCAUUAAUAUUUGAUGGAUUACUAAAAAAUUAUUUGUUGUUUAGUAAUGUCUAUAAAUUUAUAAUCUUCAAAUGCUAGUGGAUUCUGGCAGUCAACUGAAUCGGAAUGGAGUUUUUUGCCUGCUUAGACCAUUCCUGUUGGUGUCGUUGACCUCCUAUACUCCCACUGAUUGAGAGGUAAGAUGAGAUGGAUGCUCCUUCAAAAGCACAUACAACCCAAAGGCUUAAUCUUCAAUGUCUUUACUAGCUUGGCUUAAGCUGGACACUUUAAUGUGUUAGUUUUGUUGUUUUAAGUAAAAUCUUUAUGAUUCGUUAUGCUUGGCGAUUUUUAUUACUGUCAUUCUUUCAUAAGCAGCUGAUUUCUAUUUUUUAUGUACAAAUACUGAAAUAUUCACAUAGUAAAUAGUACUUUUUACUCGAUCCUGCCAUUAAUUGGCAAAUGUCCUAGAACACUAUGCUGUCACAAAUAACGAGUGAUAACGUUUAUAACAAUCUUGAGGUUUUCCUAAAGUAGUAUUGAAACGGAAUUUGGUAGUGGAAAAUAAAUUCCGGUAGACAAUUUUGGAGUAGCAUCUUGAGUGGUUUUUUGCUCUGAGAGCCCCACCUGUUGGUAUUGUGUCUUGAGCCGGUAAGUGUAACUUUUCUGACCUGUAUACGGCUGGCACAUCUCCAUUGGAUUGUGGAACCUGGUGAUGUCUUUAUAAAUUUGCCUAUUUUUUGCUCUUGAUAUAACAUUUAAAAUUAGUCCUACAUUCUCUAUUAAAUAUUCAGAUAAAUUAUAUAUCUAUUGCACUACCCUCAAAACAUCGCCUAGUUCCACAAUCGACUAAUGCAGGUUUGGAUACACAAUCACAAUCUUAGACUUAGUAAGAUUUUUAACAUACAAAUGUAAGGUUUAUAACUUAUUGUUUUCUCAGUCCUGGCUUUAACUGUUGUCCAUGCAUUGUGAAUUUGUCUAGAUUUUCAUAUUUUAAUUGUAAUAAAUAGAUUGUUGUUCCCCGAA